AUGGGUCGCCUGAAAAGGCUCCCAUGCAGUCCAACGCGCCGCGAUUGUUUACAGCCGUCGCAAAGUGCUUCAGGCACUGAGAAUAAUCUUCCAUCUCACUAUAAUGUGGAUGAAGAUCCAUCUCUCAUUGUAGACUACAAUGAGAGCACGCCAUUUCCAUCACCCCAAAGUGGAGAUGAGCAAAGCGCAUUGAUGGGACAUAUUUCCCCAUCGUUUGAGGCACCCGUCCUUGAGGGAGCAUCUAUGCUUCCUACAAGCGAAGGUAAAGCCUUGUCGCCUGCGCCUACGAGCGCAGCGACUAAGACUGAUCACGCUACUUCGAAAGGAGUAGUCGCGACUCAGUCAGAUGUGGCUCCUCAUACUGAUGUCUUGACGAUCCAUAACGGAGAGUCAGACUCAGGUGAGUGUGAGCUGAAAGCUCCACCAAGUACACCGUCGGCCUCACUAGCCCGCCGUCGCGAGGGCGGCUACGUGAGUGGUGGCUUGCAACCAAUGCCACCUCCAUCUGAGUGGAUAAACUCGGAUGGGUCUAGUGCAACGCUUUUGCAGCGUGCGACUAUAGACGCUCAUAAAUUUUAUAGCGUCUUUCCCUUGUGGAAAAAGCAGGGCAAAGCACUUCGUCGUGCUUCCCCAAUUCCAGUCGUGCUGCGUUCUAGCGAAACAGCCGACGAAUAUGAAGCUGAACUUCGGCGCCGUGUAACGUUGCAGGUAGAUGCAACGAAACAACGGUCGCAGCGAAUCAGCUUUGCCAUGAAGCGUGCGCAUGAAAUUUUGGGUGGUAAGCGACCUCCAAUUGAUUAUCACUACGCUUCUUCUGCUAGUCCAUCCAGACCUAGCAGGAUGACAACAGCUGGUGCUGCUUCACAUAAGCAGCCACCAGCCCAGGCACGUCGACGCGCAAAGCGUCCACAGGCUCCCAUGAGUCAAAGCUCGUUGGGUAACCCUUCCACUGGACAAUGA